AUGGGUGCACCACAUUCGCCUGGUUGUUUGUUGGAUGCUAUGCAACGACUUUGUGAUGAGGCUCGCAGUGACUUUUUGGGUCUCUAUCCGCAUCUGAUAAAGAACGGCAAUGUUCCAGUGUGUUUCUGCUUCUAUAUGGACGAUUUAGUCGUAGGAGCAGAUUCUGAAAAGCUCCUUAAUUUGGCUGUCAGGUGUCUUCUUCGUGUCUGUGAUCGGCACGGCUUCAACUGUAGUGAGAAGAAGAGGCAGAUAGGACCUCCUUGUGGUGAAGAUUCUGCUCAA